AUGAAGCGCUUAUUUUCGAGCAGCGCUGGCCGAGCACUGGCCCACAGAAGACCAUAUCCUCCUCGGACGCAUACAUGCGGGGGACUGGGACCUGAGCAUGACGGAGAGCAGGUCAUUCUAACAGGAUGGCUCACCUCUAUUAGGAAGAUAUCGAAGAGUAUGGCUUUCUUUUCCUUGAAAGACAGCUUCGGAACCACACAGUUACUAUCUAACGUGCCUUUGGAGUCUACAUUGCUAAUUCAGGGCAGAGUGAAAACACGGCCACAACAAGCUCAGCGAGACAAAGAAACAGGAGGGGUAGAAGUGAUCUUGGAUGAUGUCACUGUUCUAAAUGCGGCAGAACGAGAACUCCCAUUUUACCCGUCAGAUCUCCAGAAUCUUGCAAAUGAGAAUUUGCGAUCUCGAUAUCGCUACUUGGAUUUGAGACGAGAUUAUCUUUCCCAGAAUCUCCGAACUCGAAGUCAGGUCGCGAACAUUAUACGGUCACAUCUGGCAGAUAGCGGGUUUACUGAAAUCGAAACCCCGAUGCUGUUGCGUUCGUCGCCCGAAGGGGCGCGAGAAUUCCUUGUGCCCGCCCGAUUACCUGCAUCGGCUUCCCCCACAAAUGGCGCGUCAUCCGCAACCAUUGGUCCCCACUUCUAUGCCCUGUCACAGUCGCCUCAACAACCUAAACAACUCCUGAUUAUUUCGGGUGGUGUUGACCGGUACUAUCAAUUUGCUCGAUGUUUUAGAGAUGAAGAUGGCAGGAAAGACAGGCAGCCCGAAUUUACCCAAGUUGAUAUGGAGAUGGCCUGGGUUUCAUGGGGCGAUCAUAACGGUCAACAUCAAGACGGAUGGAGAAUUGGAGGGCGAGAAGUCAAAGAUACUGUCGAAGGCAUCAUAAGACAAGUUUGGCGUGAAGUUAAGGGCAUGGAGCUAGAUCGAAAUUUCCACGUGCUGACGUAUGAGGAAGCUAUGGCUAAGUAUGGGUCUGAUAAACCUGAUACGCGAUUUGGUUGCUUGAUCCAGAAUGCUGCGCCACUGCUCCCCGAGCCGGUUGCCGGGCUUCUCGAUGCCUCGGACAAAGUAUUGGAAUGUAUUAUCAUCAGAGGCAGCCAACAGUCUUCUGCAAUGACGGAAGUUGCCUUCUCCAAAGCUGCAUCAGAAGCCUCGGAAGUGGCGUUAGGCCUCAAUGACUGCCAGGCGGAGCGCAUCAUGAUCGCCUCGGAGAAUCAGCAUAACUGGUGGAAGGGCUCCAAUUUGCUGUGCCACGCGGUGACCGGGGUUGGUGAUGUGAACCACGGGUUUGAUCGUCCCGAUACCCUGGCAUCACUCCAACCUGGUGACAUUUUGUUCUUGGCGCUGAGGGAAAAGCGGCUUGAGGGUGGAUCGACUCUUCUCGGGAGGACAAGGCUUCGCUUGGCAGAUGAAGCUGCAAAACUUGGUGCGUCUCAGCCGUACGGAAUCCGCUAUUCGCCGCCGCACGAACCCAAUUUUCUUUGGAUUACAGAGUUUCCUUUGUUUACCCGUGCUGAUGCGGAUAAAGAUGCUUUCCUGGGCCACGGUCGCUGGAGUAGUUCCCAUCAUCCGUUCACUGCCCCAAUGUGGGAAGACGCGGAAGGAUUGUUAGAUGGGACUAUCAACCCGGCUAACGUUCGCGGCCAGCAUUAUGACCUUGUUCUUAACGGAAAUGAGAUAGGGGGUGGAUCUGUCCGUAUCCAUGAUGCUGAACUUCAAGAGUAUGUAUUCAAGCAAGUCCUUCAACUCUCCAGGGAAGAGAGAGAACCCUUCGAGCCGUUAGUACAUGCUCUCCGCUGCGGAGCGCCACCUCAUGGCGGCAUCGCCCUAGGGUUCGAUCGUCUCAUGACCAUUCUGUGUAACACUUCUUCAAUAAGGGAUGUGAUCGCGUUUCCCAAGACGGCUGGAGGAACUGAUCCGUUGUUCAAGAGCCCAUCGUCUGUUGGGGACGAAGUUCUGAAAGCAUAUGGAAUUCAGGAACGUCGAUAG